CACAGCUGUUGCUGCAGGAAGAGGAGGGAGGAGGAGCAUGGCUUGUUUAGCCUUGGUGUCAGAGCUGGGGAAAGAUGCAGCUCUCUCUGGGAACUGUACUCCCUUCCCUUUGGGAAAGAGCCUCCCUGCAGACCCUCCUUCUCUUCUCUGCCACCUUCCUCAUCCUGGCACAGUAUCUGCAGAGGAGGAGGCAGCAUCACAACUACCCCCCUGGCCCUCCUGGGCUGCCCAUAUUGGGCAACUUAUUCCAGAUGGACUUUAAAAACCCCCAAAUAAUUAUUCAAAAGCUUUCCAGGAAAUAUGGAAAUAUUUACUGCACACAUGUUGGCAGUUACAACUUUAUAAUGGUAACUGGAUUGCCAUUGAUCAAGGAGGUCCUGGUCAACCAAGCCCAGGUGUUUAUUGAUCGUCCCCAAGCUCCUAUCCACCUCCAUGUCUUUCAAUCACUCGGCUUAAUCAUGUCUAAUGGCCAAGGGUGGAGACAGCAAAGAAGAUUUGCCUUAAUGACCCUAAGGAACUUGGGUUUGGGAAAGAAGAGGCUAGAAGAUCACAUCUUGGAGGAGGCCAAGUAUCUCACUGAGGCUAUCAGGAAAGAAAAAGGACAGCCCUUUGACCCCCACUUUCAGAUCAACAAUGCUGUUUCCAAUAUCAUCUGCUCCAUAACUUUUGGACAUCGCUAUGAGUACCAUGAUUCUCAGUUCCAGGAGCUGCUGAAGAGUUUGGAUGAUGUCAGCGUCCUCUUAGGCAGUUGGGAAUGUCAGCUCCUCAGUAUGUUUCCCUGGAUAAUGAAAUUCCUGCCAGGAGCUCACCAGAAGCUCUUUAGAGAAUGGAAAAAGCUAGAAAUUUUUGUAGAAAACGUGGUCAAACAACAUAAGGAAGACCCAAACCCAGAGGACACCCUGGACUUCAUUGGUGCUUACCUGAAGGAGCUGUCCAAGGAUAACAUCCAUUCAAGUUUUAAUGAAAAAAAUUUAGUCUUCUGCACCCUGGACCUCUUCAUAGCUGGCACAGAGACAAUUUCAACCACUCUGAGGUGGGCACUGCUGUAUAUGGCCCUUUAUCCAGAGAUCCAAGGCAAAAUACAAGCUGAGAUUGACCGGGUGAUUGGCCAAUCCAGGCAACCCACCAUGACUGAUAGAGAGAUUCUGCCCUAUACUAAUGCAGCUAUUCAUGAAGUUCAGAGAAUGGGUGAUAUUAUUCCUUUCAAUGUGAUCAGGGUGGCCACAGUUGAUACCACAGUGGCAGGAUACCACGUGCCAAAGGGCUCUGCGAUGAUGACUAACCUGAAAGCUUUGCACAGAGACCCCAAGGAGUGGGCUACCCCAGAAACCUUCAACCCGGAACAUUUCCUUGAGAAUGGUCAAUUUAAGAAGAGAGAGUCCUUUCUGCCUUUCUCAAUAGGAAAGAGGGUGUGCCUGGGAGAACAGCUGGCUCGAACUGAGCUCUUCCUUUUCUUCUCUUGCCUGCUCCAGAAAUUCACAUUCCAGGCUCCCCCAAACACCAAGCUGAGCCUGGACUCCCGAUAUGGCAUGACUGUCUCUCCUGCCUCCUACCAAAUCUGCGCCCUUCCUCGAGUGAUGUAGGCCAAGCCAGGCCUGUAGGGUGGUCUUCCAAGAGGGGAUGGGGAAGGCCUUCAAACCAUCCUCAUCCUCAAGGGUUCACCAACCUUGGAGUUUGGGUGGGGAAAAGGAGAGAAGUCAAGGAGGGGGUAGAAGAUGAGAAAGAAGCAAGGGAGAUAUCUGUCACCUAAUUCAAAGUUCCUAGCACUAAUGCCACUGAAAGGAAAGCACAAAGUGUCCUUGCUGGACUUGGAGUCCAAGGACCUGGAUUCAAAUCCCAGCCCUGCCGAUUACUAGCUGGGUAACCUUGGGAAAUUUAAGGUCCUGCCUCAGUUUCCUCAUCUAAAAUGAGUAGGAGGAAGAUUUCUAAGGUCUCUUCCAACUUAAAUCUAAAACCUUGUGAUGCUAUAAACAGAGGAUCAAUGCUUCUCCUCCCCUACCUCUAGCAGUGGGGCCAGAUCAUUCCUUUUUGUUCUCCUGCUUUUAUGACUCAUACACUGGGUGUGAUUUUAGAGUAGGGUUCAGAGAGUUUAUGUGAGUUGCAGGAGGCAUCCACAGGUUGAUGAAGAUGAUCCUUAGAGAUCUGCAUCAAUUGUAAACUUGUGAAGAGAGACUGUUUUCAUUAUGUCUUUGAAUCUACAGCAUCCAGCCCCGUGCCUGACUGGAAAAGGAGCCCAAUAUACACUUGCUGAUUGUUUCCUCUCUGAAUCACUCACUUUCAUGUUCAUUAUUUCCCUUUACUUUCACACUGUGAAAUAUUAACUCAUCAGCUAAAGAGCUAGGUUCCUCAUUCAUAUUAAAAUCUUUGUUAUAGAUGAUAAAUCAUAAUCAAUCCAUUAUUAAUUAUAGUGACAUGAGGCUAGGAAUGCCUACACCUUGAGAAUUGCUAAUCUGUUAAGAUUCUCUGUUCCUUUAAAUGUUCCCUAUUCUUGUCAAAGAUGUUUACACAAAGUACAUUUCCAUACUGAUAAUGGAAACUCUUGUAAUAUUCCAGCUAAUCAGAAAAUGUAAGCACCCAUGUGAAUCAUUGUGAUCAAUGUUCAUCAUCUAUUAUUUAUGUUUUCUUUUCACAUGUUCUGCAAUUACACUAUAAAAAGGCUCUGAGUUCACAGUUAGAUCUUUUUACCAAAUAAGUUUGUCAUGGACCCAUUUUGCUGGCCAAAUUGUUAGCCAUUGCUAAUAAAGUAAUCAUGCUUAGAA